CCAUUUGAUUUAUUUCUUCAACCGUCCUUAUUUCUUAACCCCACCCUCUGGUGUAGUUUCUUCAUCAUCAUAUCUUACUGUGCAAAAGAUUCCUAAAUUCUUUCACCCACAAAAAAAGCCCAUCUCGCUUUCGUUUUUCUAGCUAUCUAUUUAUUCCAUACGUUGAAACUCAAUUGUGGAUAAAGAUACAAGGGUUUCUUCUAGCUGUCUGUUUACCCAUAAUUAUACCAAGCUUUGUUUUUUAGCACAACUCUCUCACCCCCCCGGCGGCCCCCAACAAAAAAAAAGGAAGGAAAAAGAAUUCAAGUGGCACAGGGUAGUACAAUUCACAUUCUCAAUUGUGAAAAAAGGACAGGAAACAGCAUUGAAGUGCUGCAUGUUUUGGGUUGCUAAGCUCAGCUUUCGUUUCUGCUUCUAUAAUUGGUGAUUGGAUAGAUAUUCCCGAUGCUUUGUUGCACACAAUCCCCUGUUGCGUUUUCGUGAGGUUGCUUUGGUUCCAAGUUAAAGCUGGGCAUUCUAUGCGUUUUGUUGACUGGAAGUUCGUAAUUUUGCUGUGCUGCAUAAAUGAUCGGCUGGCUAAGAUUGAGACAAUGGCCUUGGUAAACCAUCAAAUGCAGGGUUCGUAUUCCACAUUCAUCUCAAGACCCUUAUUAUGGGACAAAGGGUUGAAUACAAAGCGGUAUGUAAACAUGGUUGCGAAAGCAGAUAGGUGUUUCAUAUUAAAGCACGAUGUUUGUUUAAGUGUAGGGGCUUCUUGCAAACGUGAAAAGCUCAAGCCUUCGAGAAUAUCAGCUUUCAAAGGCAGUGCCCAAAACAAUGAAUCAGCAGGCAGGGCAAGUGGAUCAAAGGUUCCAGAAAAUUCUGUUAAACUAAAAGGAAGCGAGGAUCCUGUAACAGAAUCUCCGAAGGCAAAUGAUGUUCCACUUUCUUUUAUCUCUGAAGCAAAUGAGAGCAUUGGAUCCUCCCCUGCUAUUCAGAAAUUAUUCUUGAAAUGGUUGACAAUGCUGCACACACAAUCACCAAGUCAAGUAGUGGAUGGAGUUUUGGAAGAACCACCUAUAAGUGAGUUAUCAAAAAUUCAACAGGUUACUCAGAACAAGGAAAGAGAGAAGAUUCUAAGGGCAGCUUGGUGCUACUUUCUAUGUCUGGAUGCAACAGUAAAGAUACCCUUACUGAUGUUCAUCCCUUUAUACCUGGCAGUCAAUGUGGUUUUUGGGGCCGAAGUUUCAAAAGAAUUGACACCUAUGUGGAUAUUUGGGCCCCUUAUCAUAGCUCUCUACAUCAAGAUGUUUCGUUGGUUGUCCACUCUCUAUCUCUCCAGCUUUAAGCUGACUGUUAAAGUAAUCAAGAAUUUGCCCACUUACUACAGGGUGGUGUAUAGCUAUGUUGCAUGUGGGAAGCUUACUGAAGAUGUGCAAGCUCGUGUCUUGCAACCUGUAGUGACUAUGAAGAACGUCAACUAUAAGGAGUUCUCAAGAAAAAAGCUGAAAGAAUUGCAAGAGCGGAUGGUGGAGAGGUACCUUGAUUUUGUGGAAUCCAUAUGGCCAUACUACUGUUGGACAAUUAGGUUUCUAAAGAGAGCUAAUCUCAUUUAAAUUUUGGAAUGGUUCUUUAAGUAAAGUCGAGUAUGGAGAAAAAGAUUCAAAUCAGAGUUGCUUCUGAACAUGUUCCAAAAGGUUGAGAUUUUUUAGUAAGAUCUAGUCAACCCCAUUUUAGACAAGGGUUGUCUCACACAAGCCGGGAUCAGAACUGGGUGGAUCGAUUUUCAUUGCAUGUCAAGGCAUUGUGCUUAUUCUUGGAUGUGGGGCCUAGUGUUUUGUUUCUUGCAUUCACUUGCUGCUUAUGCUCUUGAGGUAUAUGGAAGUGAUUUCCAUCUCUAGUAUGGAUUCAUCAGAGAGUUUUCAGAGUGUUUUCAUUUGAUUGUUUUCCGUUUAUGAUGUAUUAGGGUUUUGGGAAUCAUUCAUCACUUGGUUGAUCUCUGGCUGUGUGAAAAUAGUCAAUGGACCCGAAGUUAAAACCACUUGACUGGCCAUUGGCUACACUUUAUGAUUAGUUAUGCAUUGUGUACACCAUAUUUGCAAGUAUUAUACCUACGAGUUUUGCUACGUA